GGCCAUGAGGUUUGAUGCCUCCUCACCUUGCUGAAGAGAGACACUGGACCUAAAUGGCGCAGCAUGACUUCGUCCCUGCUUGGCUUAAUUUCUCCACACCACAGUCAGCUAAGGUAUCAAGACCAUAUUUGUGUCAUAGACGGAAUUUGUCUCCUGCAGCCACCUUUGAAAAACAUGGAGAGCACCUAUCCCGAGGAGAAGGACGAUUUGGAGUGAGUCGCCGGAGACAUAACUCCUCUGAUGGUUUUUUUAACAAUGGGCCCCUACGAACUCCAGGAGCCAUCUUUGAAUCCAGAAGCUGGGAAACACAAUCAUCCAAGCAGACCUGUUGGGACCCCUUCUGGAGUAUGGGAAAAUCCUCCGAGUGCCAAGCAACCUACCAAGAUGCUGGUCAUCAAAAAGGUUUCCAAAGAGGAUCCUGCUGCUGCCUUCUCUGCUGCAUUCACCUCACCAGGACCUCACCUUGCAAAUGGGAACAAGCCUACAACUAUUGUCCCAAGUGUCUACAAAAACCUUGUCCCAAAGCCGGCAGCGCCUCCUUCCAAGCCCAGUCCAUGGAAAGCGACCAGGACAGAACACAAAGCAGGCUCGCUCUCCGCUAGCCGGGAUUCUGCCUUCACCAGUCCAGUUGCUGUCACCAAACCGGUAGUACUGGCAAGUGGCUCAGUACUUCCCUCUCCCAAAGAGAGCCCCUCCAGCACCACCCCUCCCAUCGAGAUUAGUUCCUGCCGCCUAACCAAGCUGACCCGUCGGACCACAGACAAAAAGAGUGAGUUCCUAAAGACUCUCAAGGAUGACCGGAAUGGAGAGAUCUCAGAGAACCGAGAAUGUGACAAACUGGAGGACAUGGAGGGGAACAGCACACCAGAACCAAAGGAAAAUGGGGAAGAGGGUUGCCAUCAGAAUGGCCUCACUCUCCCCCUAAUGGAGAAGAGAGAAGGCCUUUCUCUCUCAUUGGAAGCGGAACACAGGUUAUUGAAAGCAAUGGGCUGGCAGGAAUACCCAGAGAAUGACGAAAAUUGUCUUCCCCUCACGGAGGACGAGCUGAGAGAGUUCCACAUGAAGACAGAGAAGCUAAGAAGAAAUGGCUUUGGGAGGAACGGCUUCUCUCAGAGCCGCCGCCUCUCUGGCCUUUUUGCCACUUGGAGAAAUGCUUUGAAGCCCGAGGCCGAGGACUCGGGCACAGAGACAAGCAGCAGCGAAACUUCAGAUGACGAGGCCUGAGCCGAGUGACCUGUCCAGCUCCGCUCCCCGUCAGGGUUGUAUAAAUGAAACCGUUCUUUUUCCUUUCUUUGUUCAUUGCUGUUGAAUCCUUCAUGCACAAAGGGAAUGAUCCCAAAGAAGAGAGAUUGGCUUGUUUGGCUUUUUUUUUUUUUUUUUGGUUCAGCCUGUUCUAUGCUUAAUAGAGGCAAGUUUGUAUAGCUGGGAAAUUUGUGACAAAAAAAUAAAAUCUAUAAGUACACACAUACACACAAAUUUCUGUGUGCAGCUGUGUGUGUAGGACAGUAAAUGUGUCUAGGACAGUAAAAGUAUCUGACAGAGCUGGUGGCAGAAGUGAGCAAGAGCCGGACCUUGGCAGCCAUAGCUUUCUAACACAGCCCACCCACCCCAGCCA